AUGCAGCGAGUAUCGGAAGUCGAACAACUCACGGACGACGAGCGCCGAGCCCUUCGCGCCAGCCGAUUUUCCGUGGCGCGACUUCCCAGUCCACCGCGCUCCUCGCACUCCGCAGCUGCAGCGACCGCACGGCAGGCACAUCCCGGGGGCCCACUGGCGACGAACAAGGCGGCGGCCCUCUCGCGGUUCCUGCAGCGGCGGCUGGCGGCGAGCGCCGAGGGGGGCGAGGGAGGCGAGAGGGGGGCGCUGGACCCGCGGCUGGUGGAGGUGGCGGUGAGGAACGCGCAGGCGACGCUCGUGGCAGGUGGUGGUGUGGUGCGGCAUGUGGACUCUUUCAAUGAUGGCAACCAGGGGGGUGGUGCCGAGGACAGCACUGGCAGCCUCAGUGGCUUUGAUGAGCCGUCCGAGGAGCAGCCCAAGGUGAAGCAGAGGAAGCGCAAGGGGAAUGGAGGGGGCAUCACAAGCAAGAACAAUAAAAGGAAAGGGAAUUUCCAAGAGAAACGGAAGGUCAAGAAAAAUAAGUGCCUGUCAAAGAAGGGGUACUAA